UCUAGAGGGUGAAGCGUAUGAUUUUAGCUUUCUUUGUGACAAGAUUGGAAGACACCGGAGGUCACCUAACUUCCCCCCUAUUUUUCUUUUUCCCUUGCUCACUUUUUAAGAAAAGGAUGUAUAAAAAAUGAGGGUGCAGCUAAAAGCAAUGUUACAUGGACAUGAAGUCUGUAUAAAUAUGAGCACCAGUGGAAGCCAGGAGGGCCUUCUCUUCUGUGAUCUCCCCAUGAUGUGCUGCCCUCCUCUUCAGAGCCCACCUGGUGCUGAGGUUUAUGCAAUCCCAGUCUCCAGGUCUGCAUUAUCUUGCCUUCCUUUUAAAAUCAAUUAUAACUCAUAAAAUGAAAAAUAGUAAAACCUAAACAAUUGUGUUUUGGGAAUGCAUGCUCAUGUUUUUAAGAAACACAUUUUACAAAGCAGACACACAACACUGUGGAGCUGGAGGUAACACGUGAAGCCUGGGUUGGCUGCAACACAUCCACCGCUCCCCAUUCAUGAGCAAAGGAAGGGCGGGAAGGAUGUCAAUGCAUUCGGGAGGCAGGAAGAGGAGGGCAGAAGGGCCUGCAAAGACAGGAGGGGAGGGUGGACUCAAAAGGAGAAGGCCCAAAAAGCCACGCGGAGGAAGAAUCCCUGGCCUUCCAAGGAGGAGAAGAGCCUGCUUCCCCUUUGAAAUCCUGUCUGUUUCCUGCAGGAUUCUAGAGUUUGUAGUUAAGAGAAGCGAAGGACCUCCCUGGCUGAGAAUGAGAAAGGCCCCUCCCUGAACACCUUGCAGCGUAAGAAAUCGCACACGGAGAAUCUUGGGGCCCCGUCCCAUUUGUACCUGAGGAAGGAUUGUUCGUAGUUGGGCAAGUGUCAAAGUAUUUGUCACCUGGCACUGGGCAGCUUCCCUCUUCCUCUGGGUUUGCUACAGCACUAGACUUCCUCUUCGUGUUCCAUGAGAUCUUUCUCUGUUCAACUCCUGAAGAGAUUCUCCUCUCAUUUCUCUGGCAGGUAAGUUCGGAACAAGUUCUGUGAAGAACACCUUGUGAGAGCUUUGCCUGAGGAGUGCUGCAAGUUCAAAGUGACUUCAAGAUACACAGCAAUGACAACAAGAAAAAAUAAGUACCAGAAAAAUAUUUUUGAGGCUACAUCCCUGUGCUGUUAAGGGGGGAAAUAAGAUUUUGGUGUAAAAAGAGAGGCUUGGGAAACCAAGCAGAAGGCUACAGCAAUACAAAAACUGCUGUUCAGGAGGUUAUAUCUGUGAACCCCUGGCAUCAUAUUUGAAUUAUAAAUGUAAAAAAAUGGCAAGCCCUCUACCUCCCUAUCCUAGAUCAGACACAGGGGAGAAGUUACAUCAGUGUAUGGAGUGUGGAAAACAAUUUGAUAGGAAAAGUUCUCUUACUGUACAUGAACAGACCCACACAGGGGAGAAGCCAUAUCAGUGCAAGGAAUGUGGAGAAAGCUUCAGUCAGAGUAGCAAUCUGCGUGCCCAUAAAAAGAUACACACAGGGGAGAAGCCACAUAAAUGUAUGGAAUGUGGAAAGGGCUUCAGUCAGAGUGGACAUCUGCGUGCCCAUCAAAGGGCACACACAGGGGAAAAGCCAUAUAAAUGUAUGGAAUGUGGAGAAUGCUUCAGUCGCAGUGACACUCUACGUUCCCAUCAAAGGACGCACACAGGGGAGAAGCCAUAUAAAUGUAUGGAAUGUGGAAAGAGCUUCAGUCAGAGUAGCACUCUACGUUCCCAUCAAAGGAAGCACACAGGGGAGAAGCCAUAUAAAUGUAUGGAAUGUGGAAAGAGCUUCAGUCGCAGUGGCCAUGUAUGUUCCCAUCAAAGGAUCCACACAGGGGAGAAGCCACAUAAAUGCAUGGAGUGUGGAGAAAGAUUCAGUCAGAGUGGCCAUCUAUGGUCCCAUCAAAGGACACACACAGGGGAGAAGCCACAUAUAUGCAUGGAAUGUGGAAAGAGCUUCAGUCGCAGUGACACUCUACGUUCCCAUCAAAAGACACACACAGGGGAGAAGCCACAUAAAUGCAUGGAAUGUGGAAAGAGCUUCAGUGAGAGUGGGACUCUUCGUAACCAUCAAAGGAUCCACACAGGGGCGAAGCCAUAUAAAUGUAUGGAAUGUGGAAAGAGCUUCAGUCAGAGUGGACAUCUGCGUGCCCAUCAAAGGGCGCACACAGAGGGAAAGCCAUAUAAAUGUAUGGAAUGUGGAGAAAGCUUCAGUCGCAGUGACAAUCUACGUUCCCAUCAAAGGACGCACACAGGGGAGAAGCCAUAUAAAUGCAUGGAAUGUGGAAAGAGCUUCAGUCGCAGUGGCCAUGUAUGUUCCCAUCAAAGGAUCCACACAGGGGAGAAGCCACAUAAAUGCAUGGAGUGUGGAGAAAGAUUCAGUCAGAGUGGCCAUCUGUGGUCCCAUCAAAGGACACACACAGGGGAGAAGCCACAUAUAUGCAUGGAAUGUGGAAAAAGCUUCAGUCGCAGUGGCAAUCUACGUUCCCAUCAAAGGACACACACAGGGAAGAAGCCACAUAAAUGCAUGGAAUGUGGAAAAAGCUUCAACCACAGUGGCAAUCUACGUUCCCAUCAAAGGAUACACACAGGGGAGAAGCCACAUAAAUGCAUGGAAUGUGGAAAGAGCUUCAGUGAGAGUGGGACUCUUCGUAACCAUCAAAGGAUCCACACAGGGGAGAAGCCACAUAAAUGCAUGGAGUGUGGAGAAAGAUUCAGUCAGAGUGGCCAUCUAUGGUCCCAUCAAAGGACGCACACAGGGCAGAAGCCACACAUAUGCAUGGAAUGUGGAAAGAGCUUCAGUCGCAGUGGCAAUCUACGUUCCCACCAAAUGACUCACUCAGUACAGAAGCCAUAGAAGUGCAUAGAAUGUGGAGAAAGUUUCAGUCAGAGUAACUAUCUCGAUUCCUUCCAAAUCUAUCUACAUUGCUUUCAAAGGAGCCACAUAAUAGAGAAGCCGUAUAAAUGCACGGAAUGUGGGAAGAGCUGUAGAGGAUGUUCAGCAUACAAUAAACAUCACGGAACUCAUGCGCCGCUAGAGGAGACUUGCCUUUCAGUUUCUGAGCUCUCUUUCAAAAAAUAUUGGAAUGAAAGAGGAAGGCUGGCACCUGGCUCUCUCUCUCUCUCUCUCUCUGUACCGUGAACUACAGUUUGUGUGGCCUUGGUCGGCGGCUACUGGGAGCAGGUCUCACUCAGAAGGGGAUUUUUCUCCGUAUUGCAGCAAGCUCCGAAGGGGUUCCCCUCGCCUCCUCCAUAAGAAACCCAUCACAAGCUUCUAGGGUGAUCUGUGGAGGUUUGCUGAAAGGAGCAGCAGCUGAGAUCUCUGGAGAAAAGGGUUCUGAACAAGAAGAGCUCUUUGGUAGCAGAGAAGGUCAUCUCUUCAUACCCUCGUCUCCCGUCUUGGCUCUGUUGCCCCUCGGUUAGAAUUUUGGCCUCUAGCCAUGUACCUGUCACCCUUUUCUGGACUUUGUUGUAUCCUGAAUAGUUCUGGACUGACUUCUGGUUUCAUUUAUGAACCAGGACGUUGUUUGUAUCCCUGACUUUCUGGCUUGACUUUGGGACUCUGAAUUUGGAUUGUACUCUUGUUAUUUCAUCAGCUCUGUUGAAUGAUCUCCUGGCAUGUGACUCUUGGACUGUAACCUUUCUUCUUGCUCCUGACUCUGACUGUGUUGCUGCAAUUGUAUUAUUUUAGCAGGACUGGUGCAAUGAGUUAAACCCUUGUGCUGGCUGAACUGCUGACUUGAAGUUUGGUGAUUUGAAUCCGCGAGACAGAGAGAGCUCCCAUCUGUCAGCCCUAGCUUCCCCGUGCGGUGACACAAGAGAAGCCUCCCAGCAGGAUGGGAACACAUUUGGGCAUUCCCUGGGCAAUAGCUUUGUAGACGUCUAAUUCUCUCACACCAGAAGCGACUUGCAGUAUGUUCUCUAUUCGUUCCUGACAUUGUAAAAAAGCCGGACUGAAGACUUGUGAGUAAAUAUGGUCUGGGCUUAUCUUGUUUGUUUACUAAACCUUGGGCUUUAUACCGGAAGAGCUUUGGAACGCGAGACCAUGAGUCUUGCUUUGUGUGUACUUAACGCUGCUUAGAGUGAAUGCCUUUUCUGUAUUUGAGACUAUUUAAUGAUUUUAAACCCAAAA